UAGUCCACUCCAAAGUAACCCCAAACAACAAGCAUACACACAAACUAACAAUGGAAAAAAUGCAUGGAAAAACACUAUCACUAUGCUCCCACAUUGUGCUUCAAUUACUCAUCACCCUUGUGGCCAAAACUAAUGCAAAGGUUCCUGCACUCAUCGUCUUCGGUGACUCUUCGGUGGAUGCGGGUAACAACAAUUACAUACCAACGAUUGCACGGAGCAAUUUCCAACCAUAUGGGCGUGACUUUGAAGGUGGAGAAGCAACUGGGAGAUUCUGCAAUGGGAGAAUACCCACUGAUUUUAUAUCUGAGUCUUUUGGGCUCAAACAAAAUGUGCCUCCAUAUUUGGAUCCUAGCUAUAAUAUUUCAGAUUUUGCCACUGGGGUCACUUUUGCUUCUGCAGCAACGGGUUACGAUAACGCUACUUCAGCUGUUCUGUCUGUGAUACCAUUAUGGAGGCAAUUAGAGUACUACAAAGGAUACCAAAAGAAGUUAAGUGCUUAUCUUGGUGAAAGCAAGGCAAACGAGACCAUAGCCGAAGCAUUACACAUGAUGAGUCUUGGAACAAACGACUUUCUUGAGAACUACUAUACAAUGCCUGGUAGAGCAUCUCAAUACACACCCCAACAGUACCAAACUUUUCUGGCUGGCAUAGCUGAGAACUUCAUCAGGAACCUCUAUGGUCUUGGUGCUAGGAAGAUAUCCUUAGGAGGGUUACCUCCUAUGGGGUGCCUGCCAUUGGAGAGAACCACAAAUAUUGUUGGUGGGAAUGACUGUGUUUCUAGGUACAAUGAUGUUGCUUUGGAGUUCAAUGAUAAGCUCAAGAAUUUGACCACUAAGCUCAACCAAGAGCUCCCUGGACUCAAUUUGGUGUUCUCAAAUCCGUAUUACGUUAUGUUGCAUAUAAUAAGAAAACCUGAAGUUUAUGGGUUUGAAUCAACUUCAGUGGCGUGUUGUGGCACUGGAAUGUACGAGAUGGGUUAUGCAUGCAGCAGGGGUGGCAUGUUCAGUUGUUCAGAUGCUUCCAAAUAUGUGUUUUGGGACUCUUUCCAUCCAACUGAGAAGACUAAUAGUAUCGUUGUAAAGUACUUGAUGCUGCGUGUUUUACAUAAAUUUUUACAAUAAAUAACUACUUGUGGAAUUUUAUUUAUGUACUGUAAUCUCGUCAUGUUUGUACAUUCACCAUAAAAUGCCUUUUGGGCCUUCCAAUGAAUGACUGCAUGUCGAUGUGUACAUAUAUAAAAAUGCUAGUACAGCACGUUAACUAUAAAAUGUGCUGAUAAUUAAAAAUAAAUCGUUUUGUUGAGUAGUAUAUAGUAUCAUCGAUUAUACUUGUCAGGCAGUUUAGCUUACUGGAAUAGACAUUCAGGCAGGUAUCUUCCAUGUAUGCUUUCCUUCCCAUAUUUAUGUCCUAUUUAAUGCGAAGUCGAAGAUCAUGUUGGGUUUUAGAUUGGAUCAACCACUCUCUCUCUCUCUCUCUGUGUGUGUGUGUGUGUGUGUAUGUGUGUGUGUUAUGGAGUAUCUAACAAAGUCCUAGUGAAAAAAUCAGUGCAAUCGUGUAAAUUUUAAGCAGCAUAUACUUCAAGAAGUAAAAGACUAAAAGCAUUUUGAUGGCUUGUGGGAUAUACUUUUGAUUAUAGCUCAGGAACAAGAAGAAAAGUUGCUGGGUUAUAUUAACUUACUGCAUUGCAUCACACUUUAGACCAAAGGAAAUGCUUUUGUCAGAAGAAAUCAUGUCAUGUGUAGUGUACACAGAGCAAGAAACAGGGUUUAAGAUUCUUUAAAUAAACCCAACUGUGAAUAUCCAUAGAUCCAUAUAUAAAUAAACUAAAAGGUUGCUUUAUCUUAAGAAGAAAUUUUCAAUAUACAUUUCAGUUCCAAAAUAUCCCUCCACUAAAGAUAUUAUAGCCUAUCCUCUGUCACGAUUCCGAUGCUGUUUCUUCUUUUGGUUGUUGAUUUCAUCAUACAUGAAGCUUGUUUGGUUUCCAUUGAUUAGCAUUAACAGCUUAUCCCAGAGCGAGAAUCUGGUUAUGGAUAUAUACUUGAUUGAUACACAAAAGAUAUGGCAAAGAAGCCGUCUUUGAAGGUAAUCACCUUAAUUACCAUGAAGCAAUACAAUUAAAAACGCAGUUUCGCUUUUCCUGAUUACAUUUAUCAAACAUCUUCAACUGAAGACAGUUGGUCUUCAUUGGGAUUUGUUUAAUGAUAAUCAAUUGUUCAGAAUAAAAGAAAAUAGUUAAAACCAAAUCAUAUAAAUAAUAAUAAUACACACCUUAGUAACACUUCAAUGACCUCAGUCUAAUCAGACAUCAAGAAUGAGAAAAAAAAGUAAAGAGAAACUAAAGGAUGAAUCAACAAUUAAAUAGAUUUUUUUAAUGUGCAUUUUCUUUUAAAAAAAAGAAAAAAGCCUAUUCAUUUACGAAGGAACUUCCUAUCGCCAAAAAUAAAAAAUAAAAAUUGUAUUUUGGGUAAAAUGAGUUAGCAAGGCAUAUUUUAAGAUAAAUAGACAUCCAGACAAAACUUAAGGGAAGAGUUAGCUCUAAUCCUUUUGCGAUAAUCUCUUUAGACCUUCCCAGACUGUUGAACCUUCAGGAUGCACAUUCACAAAGUAUUUUACAAACUUUUCCUCAGAGGAUGCAAGAAUAGUGCUCAAGGUCAUCAUUGGUUUUGCUGCUUUCCUUUCCUUCACCCAUGCAUACAUUGAAAGUCUGAGCGUAAUUCUCCCCAAAUCAUAGCAUAAGUAUACUGGAAAUGCCACAACAGAUUCUAAUGGGUAACCUAAAAUGUUUCUUAAGAAAUCAAUCUUCUUUUGAAUUACAACUUUGUUCUGGUUUAGAAUCAUAGGAGCCUGUUUUAUCAUUUUGAUUGCAAUGUUAUAGUCCAAACCAGCUUGAACCAGGCAAUCAAACCUCUCCUGUAAUUGAUCACCUCUCCCUCGGAACCUUUUUACUGCUUUUGCCAUCUCCUCAGAGUUCUCUGCAUAUCCCAGUUUCAGCAAGAACGUUGUUUUCUCUAAAUGCUUGCUUGGGUCAUCACACGAUAGCUGUACAGCACUAUUCUGUUUCAGUUUUGAAGCCAAACUAAUAAGCUUCCGUGGAUCAUCCUUUAUGAUUUGGCAUAAAUCAGCUUUUCCAAUUUUUAACUGCCAACAAACAGCUUUAGGACCUUUCAAGGGAUGCAAGCUCAGGAGAUGCAUGUGUUUAGCCAAAAUGUGUGAAAUGUCUUUUGUUUCCAUUCCAACAUAACACAAAAAACCAAUCACUCUCAAGAGAUUUUUGGCACAUUUAUUUGACAUGAUAUAGGGAUAUUCUAUAAAAGAAGAAUAAAUCACAUUCUUACUGAGACCUAACUUUAAUGAUAGACCCAAAAAUGCAUACAGCUUCUUCCCAAUACCUUCCAUCAAUAAUACAGGGUUUUCCUUGAACAAAUUGUGCAUCUGUUUCUCAGAAUAGCCCACUUUAUGAAGAAAUUGCAUAGCAUCAAGCAUUCUUUUCAAGUCAUAACUUUUUGAACAAGACAAAUAUUUCCCAAUCCAAUCAUGUUCAAUACCAAUUUUCUUCAACCAAUCAAGAAUCAUGACCAAUUCACGGCUUGUUUCACCAACCAAAAGUGAAGGGCAACAAACAGCAAGCUUGAUGACCACGGAUCUACUCAAACACAAAUUCUCGUAAGCUCGAAUUUUUGACAACAACAGUUCACU